GGAUGAUAUUUCCCUUCCUCAUAAUGGAGAGACACAUGGAACAAGAACGCAAUCUGUCAACUGAAGGAAGCUCCAGACCAGCACCGCAGGCUAGCUCCGGUUCACCUGAUAUGUUUGGUCCAUCUCUUUGGCAAGAGAAACAGCCUCAUGAUGGCUCGUGUCACCUUGACAUUGAUUGCAUUGACCCCACAGACUGCAUUGCUAUUCCCGAGUUGGAUAAAUCAAUUAUUGAGAAUAGACCCGGACCCUCUGGCCUCACCAAUACCGCGGCUUCGCAGCGGUGUAUAGACAUGGAGGUGCAAGACAUGCCGCAUAAUCCUGAAGAGGCACCGAACGGCGUUGAGAAGACGUUGAGUACAGCUGCUUCAACGGACCCUUACGAACCUGAUACCCAGACACAGCCAAGCCAGCAGGCAUGUUUUGUUCGUGAUGCCAGUGAUUUUCCUGCCGAUCCCACGGAACUGCCCUUGAGCAGCGUUCAAGGUCCGCGGAAGUACUAUGAAUUCUCUCAUGUAGAGAUCCGGAACCCUCGCCCUUCAAAGAUGGUCAGCCCUUCUGUUGAGACUCAGAGAGAUACUGUUGCCAGUCCAGUUUCGAGCUGCCACCAUCUCCCGACCACUGAAGGGCCGUGGCAUUUGAAUGGAACGAUUCUUUCCAUCGACCUCCGGCAUGCUGACUUUCCUACCCGCUUCGGCAAGUCCACCUUUCGUGUGUUUGGUGGCCAAGUUAUCCAACUUCUUACGCUUGUUCACGGACCCAUCAAAGCGUCACCUCCAAAGACUGUUCCUGGUGCAAAGAUUAGCACAAAGAAACGGAAACUUAACCGUCCUGUCCCGUCUGCUGGCCCCCUUUCAUCUGAACAGAAGCAAUGCCUUCUGCGGUUAAGGGAGGAGGGUUAUACAUGGAAUGAGAUCGCGGCCAGGUUUCCAGGAAGAAAAAAAGGCACGCUUCAAGCUACCUAUUACACAACAUUGAAGAAGCUGCACCCCUCAUCUUGUCUACCCCAGCAGCGCUCCAGACGAUUUCCAACGGAGUCCCGAUGGUCCCAUAGCCCAUCACAGAGGCUUGGACAUACACGAUAUAGUCUGAGGUCAAGGGGGAGUGCGGUAAAUUAACAAGUAUUGGCCGAUGGCUCAUCCUUCAAGACGAAGCCGGUCACCCGAUAUUGGUGGUAGCUGUUGCAACAUAAUAACAGACCAAAACCACGAUCCAGUAGACGUUGUGCGUCUUCUGUACUGGUGACCUACCUUGUUUUAUCUGGCGGUUCUCGGUAUAUCAUGCUCAUAAGAGAGGUGAGGAAGCUGGUCUGGGGCAUCAGAAUGAUCGACAAACGUAUGAGACUCUAAGAUCACCAAGCCUAUGCUUCGCUGCUCUGCCUGACCCAUCCAGUUCAUGCUCUUUUUUGCUUAUUAGCAUCUUGUAUAUAGUUUAGCGGCCUCCAUUGUACAAAAGCGAUCAUUUACAUGGACUUGUCACAUCAUCUUGCCAGCGCUGCAGCGUUAUGCUCAGAUUAUGCGAAUUAUACAACAUUUGUACUGUCGGAUCAAGGUAUGCAUCAAAUAAAUUCCACGCGAUAAGUUUACUUGCCGUUCACGCAAAAUGGUCUGGAUAUCCUAUAUGUGUUUUCCCACUUUGUAUUUCUGCCUCGGGUUGUCCGCUACGGUGGGCCAUAGAUAAGAAUUGGAUAUUGCGGAGUGGCCGCUAUGGCCUACCGUAGGGCCGCC